ACAUCCCGACCCCUCUCCCCCACCAGCCCUUGGAACAGGAGUGCGGGCCUUUGCAGAAGCACUGGCCUCGGUGGUAUGGUGGCUGCCCCUUCCAGCUCUCCACCCUGUACCAGCUGGAUUAUUAUCUGAGGUUGGCCGCCUGCCGUCUUCGGUGGGGAGCGUUUGAGGAAGCUUCAUACAGGACAAUCGGGUCGAGGCCAGGAUGCACUGGCCUCUGCUGCUGGCACUGGAGGCGGCCUGGGCCGGACUGGGCCAGGCUACGCAGCACUACCCGGCCAUGUGGGGCCACUACGACGUGUGCAAAUCGCAGGUGUACAGCGACGAGGGCCUCACCUGGGAUUACAUGGCGUGCCAGCCCGAGGCGGCUGACAUGACCAAGUACCUGCGGGUGGCGCUGGAGCCAACCAACAUCACGUGCGGAGACCCAGCCGAGACCUACUGUGCACUGGAAAACCCUUACAUGUGUAAUAAUGAGUGUGACGCCAGCACAAAGGAGCUGGCGCACCCCCCAGAACUGAUGUUUGACUUUGAAGGUCGCAACCCCACCACGUUCUGGCAGUCGACCUCUUGGAGAAAAUACCCGAAGCCACUGCUGGUCAACAUCACCCUCUCCUGGAACAAAACCAUUGAGCUGACGGACGACAUCGUCAUAACGUUCGAGUCUGGCCGCCCGGAGCAAAUGGUCCUGGAGAAGUCCCUCGAUUACGGCCGAACUUGGCUGCCCUACCAGUUCUAUGCCACAGACUGCUUGGACGCCUUCACCAUGGAGCCCAGGACGGCGCAGGAUCUGACCCAGCACACCCUUCUGGACGUUAUCUGCACAGAGGAAUACUCCAGGGGAUACGUGUGGAAGUAUGACAAGACGGUGCGCUUUGAGAUCAAAGACAGACUCGCCCUGUUCGCCGGACCUCGUCUGCACAAUAUGGCAUCCCUGUAUGGACAGCUUGACACGACAAAAAACCUGAGGGACUUCUUUACCAUCACUGACCUCCGAAUCAAACUGCUGCGACCUGCCACAGGCGCUACCAUGGUGGAUGAGAACAACCUGUCCCGAUACUUCUAUGCUAUUUCUGACAUCAAAGUUCAGGGAAGGUGCAAGUGCAACCUUCAUGCCAACAGCUGCGUCUUCGACAAAGAGAAGUUAGUCUGUGAGUGUGAGCACAACACAACGGGCCCCGACUGCGGCCGCUGCAAGAGGAGCUACCAGGGGCGCGUGUGGAGCCCUGGCUCCUACCUGCCCAUCCCCAAGGGCACGGCCAAUAUCUGUGUUCCCAACAAUAUUGGCCCAGUUAACUGCGAAUGCUUCGGUCACUCCAACCGCUGCAGCUACAUCGAGCUGCUGAACACGGUCAUUUGUGUGAGCUGUAAGCACAACACUAGGGGGCAGCACUGCCAGCUGUGCAAACUGGGCUACUACAGAAAUACCUCAGUAGAGCUGGACGAUGAAAAUGUCUGCAUAGCCUGUAACUGUGAUCCCUUUGGCUCCGAGAGCGAACGCUGUAAUGCCACAGGAUUCUGUAAAUGUAAAUCGGGAACGACGGGCAAACACUGCAGUGAGUGCCUGCCAGGAUAUUUGUGGGACAGUGGUUGCAAAUCCCAGGUGUGUGACGACGAGCUGCUGCGCUGUCAGAACGGCGGCGUGUGCCUGAGUAACCUGCGCUGCCAGUGUACAGUGGGCUUCAGCGGCGUGUUGUGCGAGAAGCCGCACUGUGAGAGCGAGGCGGCCGGCUGCGGGGGCCCCGACUCGGCCCGCAACACCUCCUGCCCGUCCUCAGCCCACCUGCUGCUGCUGCUGCUGGCGCUCGCCACUGCCUCCUGCUGGCCGGCAGCACUCUAAGGUCCUGGGCACGUCCCAGCCAUCCGCCACAUGGGAGAAGCAGGCAGCGGAAGUGGAAUGUUUUGGAACGAUGGCAAACUGUAAUUUUAAACAUUAAUGAAUAUGAGUCACAGUAAAAAUUAAAUAUUGAAAAUUAAAUUACAAAAAUGACAAGGUAUAUAUACGGAAGUAACUGAGCAUUUGACCAGACCUGCCGGCGGUGGAUGAACGGAAACUGUGAAUAAGCUGUAACAGGCACUGCAAACUGGGGAAGGGGGGGUCUGGGUAACAGGCUGCCUCUCCUCUGUCUCACUGCGGCGACAUCGGCAGCAGCCACCCCGCGGAGAUGCGUCCGGCUGGGGACACACUCAGCUGCGCCUCAUCCUGGUCGCAAGGCGACAAAGAAGUGCUCGGCUUGCGUGGGCCGACCUGAAAAGGUGGCACCGUUUGCUGUGAGGACCCCCCCUGCCCCCGCCCCCCACCCCAUCCGCCAGUUCUGCUUCCCGUCUCUACGGUGCUUGCUGUGUUUUCCCGGAACCGGAAAAUCAUCCGCCUGCGUUAGCGAGGAACCCGUCCCAAAGCCAGCACAGGCACCCAUGGGCCACGUUACCUGACUGACGGCUUUGUCGGCAGAGAUGCUUCCGGAAGGAUCGAUGUAUUUAAUUUUUAUAUCAUUUUUAUUUUAUUGACAUACUACAGUAUGGCGUAUUACACAAAGUUUGUUUUGAUAAUCACGCAAUCUUGUUAAAACGCUACUUGUUAAUAUAUUUAACACUAGAACAAAGUAUAAAGGCAUUUUAUUUCCGUUUUAAUUUGAUCGUGCAGACUUCCCUCAGUACGGCGUCAGACUGUAUGAGUUUACAUGUAUACUGGGAUGUACAACAAGCCACCAAAGGACAAUUCUGUGUUUUGUUGCUUUGACACUUUACGAUCUAGGUGAAUAAAAGAAUGAAAAAAAGGUCUGCGUUUGGUGUUCUUCAUCAUUUGUGGAGAUUUUUUAAAUAACGUGAGCAGCCCAAGAUCAAGUCACACAAAAGAUUAUGUGUCAUGGAGCAGCUGCAUGUAUGAACUGUAACUCGACACAUUGACACUAAGGCCAAGUCUCAGGAGAAUAUUUGGA